CCAAUGGGAAGCACGUCAUUAGGGAUGCCCCGCCCUGGUGCGAGCGCCGUAAACCAAUGGAAAAUGAAGCUGGACGGUGGCGCGGCUGACCAGGAGGUGGGGUCACGCCCGGGGCCUGGACGGGAGCCUGAAGGGAUCAGCCCCCGCCCGGUCUAGCUGCCCAGAGCAUGGCUGUGUGGAUCCAAGCAGGCCGCCUGGGCCUACGCGGGUGCCUUGGCACCGGCCGACUAGUGUGUCCCCGUUUCCGGAGCCGCGGCUCUCCGGGCGUGGAGGACGGGGACAGGCCACACCCUUCCUCGAAGACAGCCAAGAUCCCCAAGAUUUACACCAAAACAGGAGACAAAGGGUUUUCUAGCACCUUCACAGGAGAAAGGAGACCCAAAGAUGACCAAGUGUUUGAAGCCCUGGGCACAACAGACGAGCUGAGUUCAGCCAUCGGGCUUGCCUUGGAGUUCAUCACGGAAAAGGGCCACCCGUUCACUGAGGAGCUUCAGAAAAUCCAGUGCCGCUUGCAGGAUGUCGGCUCUGCUCUGGCUACACCACGCUCUUCAGCCAGGGAGGCUCACUUAAAACAGACGGCCUUCGAGGAGGGGCCCAUCCUGGAGCUGGAACGCUGGAUCGACCAGUACUCCCGCCAGCUGCCCCCGCUCACGGCAUUUAUUCUGCCUUCGGGCGGCAAGAGCAGUUCCGCACUGCAUUUCUGCCGAGCCGUGUGCCGCCGAGCUGAGAGACGUGUGGUGCCUCUGGUCCAGAUGGGAGAGACCGAUACAAACGUGGCCAAGUUCUUAAACAGACUCAGCGACUACCUCUUCACCUUAGCCCGAUAUGCAGCCAUGAAGGAGGGAAAUCAGGAAAAAAUAUACAAGAAAAGCGACCCUUCAGACCGAGCAUGAGGCACUUGGAAGUUACAAAAAGGGAGGACUUCUAGAAGCUUCCAUGAGGGAUGACAGUGACACAGUGUCCUGGUUCCCAGAGAUCCCAGCUGGAGGUGGCUGGCUGCAGACCUCACAUGCAGUCAUACCCCGGCUCUUCCCUGCGGGGGUCAUGGCUGGCCCCAUGAAGAUUUUGUCCCAUUCCCUGGACUGACCGUGACCUUGGAGAGAGCAGCAGGGAGCUCAGUCUCGGCAGCAAGGCUCAGUGAUUGCUGUGAAAAGCAAAGAAUAAAGAUGAGAAAGGCUUGAGGAGGGCA